ACAAGCAGAGCAGGCAGCAGCAGCGCCUCGCCGCGGCCACGUCUCCGCUCCCAUGGCCACCAACUCCGCCGCCGCCUCCCUCCACCUCCUCCUCCCCACCUCCCGCCGCCGCCUCGUCCCUCGCGCCUCCCAUUCACAGGCUGACUCCACACCGCCCACCGUCGACCGCCGCCGCUUCAUUGCCCACACUGCCGCCGCGGCCGCUGUCACCCCUCUCGUGCUACCUCCCUGGGCCCCCGCGGCGCGCGCGGACGAGACGCCGGCGCUGUCCGAGUGGGAGCGCAUUUACCUGCCUAUCGACCCCGGCGUCGUCCUACUCGACAUCGCCUUCGUCCCCGACGACCCCUCCCACGGUUUUCUCCUUGGGACAAGACAGACGAUACUGGAGACAAAAGAUGGAGGAAACACCUGGUUCCCUCGCUCUAUCCCUUCAGCAGAGGACGAAGAUUUCAACUACAGAUUCAAUUCAGUAAGCUUCAUGGGAAAAGAAGGAUGGAUUAUCGGGAAGCCUGCAAUUUUGUUGCACACUUCAGAUGCAGGAGAAAGCUGGGAAAGAAUACCUUUGAGUGCCCAACUUCCCGGGAACAUUGUUUACAUAAAAGCUACUGGGGAGAAAAGCGCAGAGAUGGUUACCGAUGAGGGAGCAAUUUAUGUUACUUCUAAUCGUGGCUACAACUGGAAGGCUGCCGUGCAAGAGACCGUAUCGGCUACUCUUAACAGAACAGUUUCAAGUGGCAUUAGCGGUGCAAGUUACUACACUGGGACUUUCAACACGGUGAACCGCUCACCUGAUGGGCGCUAUGUUGCUGUAUCCAGCCGAGGCAACUUCUAUUUGACCUGGGAACCUGGGCAGCCAUUUUGGCAACCGCACAACAGGGCGGUGGCACGGAGAAUUCAGAAUAUGGGGUGGAGAGCAGAUGGUGGGCUUUGGCUCCUGGUGCGCGGCGGUGGACUCUUCCUCAGCAAAGGAACUGGGAUAACUGAAGACUUUGAGGAAGUGCAAGUGCAGAGCCGAGGUUUUGGGAUUCUUGACGUCGGCUUUCGCUCACAGGAUGAGGCAUGGGCUGCUGGUGGGAGCGGCGUGUUGCUGAAGACAAGAAACGGAGGGAAGACCUGGGUGCGCGACAAGGCUGCUGAUAACAUUCCCGGGAACCUCUACUCUGUCAAAUUCCUUGGUGAGAGCAAAGGGUUCGUGCUGGGGAACGACGGCGUCUUGCUUCGAUAUGUUGGCUGAAGUGCUGCAGGCUUCGUUUCCUCCUCCUCUUUAUACGUAAUAAUUAAUUAAUCAAUACGAAGAUACAAUUAAAUUUGAUCUCUAUACAUACACGGCAUCGAUUCACUGUAAAAGGCUGCUGACUGUGUUUGCAUUCUGCCUCUCAGGCAGACGAGUGUAAAGAUCUCUCUCUUUACGAAAUCCUGCAACCAUUAUGAAUGGAACAGUAGAACAUUUUUGUAA